GGGGCGCGUGCGUCUACUCAUAAUGGUGUAUUUCGUAUAUUAACAUUAAUCUAUAUACUUUCUCUUGUGGAUUACCUAAGCAUCUAAUCUCGAUGUCCAAUCGUUGCAGCAAGAAUUAAGCAUCAUUGUAGUAUAAGAGCAAAUUCAUAUUUUUCUUUUUUGCUUGACGUAUCAAUGAGUACUUCAAUUAACUGGUCAUAAAUAUAAUUAUCGACCUGACCCGUACACAGAAACGAACCACCAUUAGCUACUGUAAUUCUUCGAGAAGCCGUCGUUAUACGAUACAUAAAAAAAGUAGAGUGUAGCUCAACGGACGCCAGAACAAUGCUAAGCCUCUGCCGGCAGCUGAUUUUCGUUAACCCACAAAAAAUCCACCUAAGAUGUAUUGGAAGCGUCGUACCAGUUUUGAAUCUCAAAGAUUACCCGUUAGUAAAUGAGCCUAUUUUAAGCUAUAGGAAGGGCAGCAAAGAAAAUUCAGAUUUAAAAAAUACUUUGGAUGAAAUGGCUAGAGAUUGCGAAGAAAUUCCCUUAAUAAUUGGUGGUAAAGAAAUAACAACAGAAAUUGUGAAGUAUCAAGUAAUGCCUCACAAUCAUCAGCACAAGAUUGCCAAAUAUUAUUAUGCAACGCCAGAUCUGAUAAGACAGGCAAUCAACGUCGCUGUGAAGACUCAAAGAGAGUGGGAAAAAGUCUCUUUUGAAAAGCGCUUAGAUAUUUGGUGGAAAGCAGCUGAAUUAAUGGCUACAAAGUAUAGGCAGCAAUUAAAUGCGGCAACAAUGCUUGGCCAAGGAAAAACAGCAAUACAAGCGGAGAUCGACAGUGCUGCUGAACUUGUUGAUUUUUUCAAAAUGAACGUUUAUUUCGUUACAGAGGCCCUUAAGUAUAAACCCAUAUCAACAAAUCCUAAAGAGACUCUAAACUCGAUGAGGUAUCGAGGAAUGGAUGGUUUUGUGGCUGCUGUGUCUCCAUUUAAUUUUACUGCUAUUGGUGGUAACCUUAGCUAUACGCCAGCUCUGAUGGGUAAUUCAGUUUUAUGGAAACCAUCCGACACUGCUAUUUUAUCUAACUGGUGGAUUUACAAAAUUUGUCGUGAAGCUGGCGUGCCAGAAGGGGUCGUCAACUUUGUUCCUGCUCAUGGUCCAGAUUUUGGAGACACUAUUACAGCCUCUCCUUAUCUUUCUGGCAUAAACUUUACUGGUUCUGUACCCACCUAUAACCGACUUUGGACUCAAGUUGGAAAUAACGUGAACAACUAUAGAAAUUACCCAAAACUCAUCGGGGAGUGUGGUGGCAAAAACUUUCAUUUUAUUCACCCUACUGCGGAUGUACAAUCAGUGGUUAACAGCACAAUUCGUAGUGCUUUCGAAUACAAUGGCCAAAAGUGUUCAGCAUGCAGUCGAAUGUACGUUCCAGAAUCCUUAUGGAGCAAGAUUAAAGCGGGACUUUUAGAAAUUAGAAAUCAAUUGAAAAUGGGGGAUCCAAGAGAUUUUUCUGUUUUUCUUGGAGCAGUUAUAGAUGGCGCAGCUUUUAAACGAAUUUCCAGCUAUAUUAAACAUGCAAAAAACUGUUCAGAUCUCGAGAUAAUAGGUGGAGGUGGCUACGAUGACUCGCGUGGGUACUUUGUUGAGCCUACAAUAGUGCAGACAAAAAAUCCAAAGGAUAAAAUGAUGACUGAAGAAAUUUUUGGUCCAGUACUCACUCUAUAUGUUUAUAAAGAUUCAAACUUGGACGAAACAAUGAAAUUAGUUGAUUCGUCGACCCCUUACGCCUUAACUGGAGCAAUAUUUUCACAAGACGAUAAAUGGGCCUCACGUGCACUUGAAGAAUUUCGAUAUGCAGCUGGCAAUUUCUACAUAAAUGAUAAAUCAACUGGCUCAGUUGUUGGUCAGCAACCAUUUGGUGGAAGCCGAUUGUCCGGAACAAAUGAUAAAGCUGGUGGACCUCACUAUGCUUUGAGAUGGGCAUCUCCUCAAUCUAUCAAGGAAACUUUUGUACAUAUAAGAGAACACGAUUAUGAGUACAUGCGUUCGUAAUUACUUGUUUACACGCUAGAGAGUUACUUUAUUCUGUUCAAAAAGUUAGUAAGUAUACAAAAGCGAUAUUCUUGUAGUUUAAAAUGCAUCUAAACGAAAUAAGGGAGAUUUUUUCAACUACGGCUGCAACUGAAACCUUAGCUUAAAGUAUAAUUUUUCUCUUUAUUUCGGAAUUCUAUCGAUUUAGUUUCAAAGUAUUAAACUUUUUGUUCACGUGCAAAUCACUGAUUACUUCGGUUCUUGUGUGAAGCAACUUUAAAACAAAAUAUUUUAUAGUCGUAAUUUUAAAAGUUUUUAAGCUGCAGAGCAUUGUAAAAGAUUUAAUUAAACAAACCUUUUGCCAAAUAAGGAUACAUAAUAACUCAUGCUUAUUAGGUAGGUACAUAAAUAAUAAUGGUCAUCGGUGAUAGUAUAAUACAAGACAAAUUAUUUCUUACUAUAGUUGUAAUUUAUUCUAAUUGUUUUAUAGUAAUUUCGCAAUAAACGACAUAAUACAAUAUUGUUAUCAAAACAAACGCCCGCUGGCGAGCUCUGUUACAAUGUAGCAUUUGUUAAGUUGUGUAUAAAGAAAUAAGACUACGUAAUAUUUAAGAAAAACAAAAAUUAAAUCAGUUAAUUCUUAUCUUCAUACAUCUGUACUACCACUUUUAAGAUAGAUAUGGUCAUAAUGUAUUUAAAUUAUAUCGAUGUAAUUAAACCAAUUCUGAGUUAGAGAACUUUUUGAAUUAUUAUAAUAUUAUAAACGGUUAUUUUUAUUUUUUAUAAUUAGUCUUACUACAAAAGUUCUCUAAAUAUUAGUUUCAUGAGAGUAAAGAUUUUGAUAUUUUUAAAAACAUGACAUAAUUCAAAGUUUUAUAUUUUUGGAUUAGAAUUCCAGUAAAAAGUAUAAAAAGAUUUCCUACAGUUAUGUGAUAUAUUAUGUGAUCAUAAGACUACCAAAUUUCCUUAAAAAUUUUUAAAUCAUGACUGUGUAUACUCAAAACUGAAAAAAUUUUGAAUGAGCUUAUGUUAACAUUACAAUUUGGUCAUUCAGCGCCACAAUAUACUUUUAUAGAAUAGAUGAAUAGUACUUCAUAGUCAUGUAUGAUGAUAUAACUCUUUAAUUCAUAAUAAAAGUGUUCAAAAAUCAUCAAA